AUGGCCACCAAUCUUCCAGGCCGGCUUGGUGACAAAACCAUGUCGCUCGCCACAGACCCUCGGACUCACCCAGGGCAGCUCAAGGUUUUGCAAGCCUUGGGCUUAGCUGAUCUGUCGUACCUAACGACCGAUCUCACCCUCGACAGCGCCCUGGACGAAAUCACAGCCUUUGUGCGUGGCAACGAGGAGUCGUUGGAGGCGCUUUACCACAGCCUCGACUACCGCGUAGCGGGAGAACAGCUCAUCCCGUUGGUCAAAUCUGAACAACUUAUUGACGGACGGGAAGGCAACGAAAUCCGUAUGUACAUUACACGCCCUGCUGAGCCAGCUCCAUGCCCGGCGCCCGCCCUCAUAUACUUUCACAGCGGCGGCAUGAUCAUACUCGACACACUGAGUCCCGUGCACACGACCUGGGCCGAAUCGCUUGCGCGGACAGGAUUCGUGGUGCUGGCGGUUGACUUCCGCAACGCCAUAACUCACCCCUUCCCGGCCGGGCUAAACGACUGCGCAGCUGCGGUAAGGUGGGUAGACGCGCAGCGCGCGCAGCUGGGCGUCGACCGCAUCAUACUGCAGGGCGACAGCGGCGGCGGGAACCUGGCGCUGGCCACGGCGCUCAGAGCCAAGCGCGAGGGCUGGCUUGGUGCCAUCGACGGCGUGUGCGCCGCGUCGCCGUACAUCAGCAAUGCGUACCACAUGCCCGUGGAUUGGCGGCGGCGCGAGCUGCCCAGCCUGGUCGAGUGCGACGGCUACCUGAUCAGCGCCGGCACCAGCGCGCUCAACGCCAAGAUGUACGGUGCUGCCGACGCCAGGGACCCGCUCGCAUGGCCCUACUGGGUGGAAGAAGAGGAGCUUGCGGGCCUGCCGCCGCAUCUAAUCACUGUCAACGAACUGGACCCGCUGAGGGACGAGGGUGUGGCAUACUACCGCAAGCUGGUCAGGGCUGGAGUGCGCGUCAGCGCCAGGGUGAACCUGGGUGUCGUGCACGAAGCUGAUAUGUUUCUGCGCAGCACGCUGCCUGACCUUUACUUGGAGAGUCUGUGGGCUAUUAGAAAAUUUGCUGACAGGCUGGUAGUUUGA